AUGAGAAAAUCUCUAGUAAAUAAAGCAGGAAAGUACCUCAGUUAAAUUGAUGAAAUCCCUAGAAUGAAAAAUUUCAUUGAGGAAUUCAAGUUCGAUUACUAAGAUGAAGGGGUGGAAAAAUCAUCUAACUCAAGACGUAAACCCAGUAGACUAGACAGUGAAAAUACUACAAAUACUCAUACAUCUGAUAUCCCAUGUAGGCAGCCGUACUAUUCUGAUAUGAAGGAAGAACAAGAGAAUUAGAAAUUACAGAAAUGGGAAUAAAUGGAAUCAAGGAUUCUCCAGUAUCUCCAAGACAAUAAUAUAAGUGUAGUAGACGUGAUGGAAGAGAAAAAGAAUGAGCUAAAGUAAACCUUUAAAAGCAUUAGUCCAACUCCAGGAACAAGAAACAGAGGAUCAAUACUACUUGAAAGACGUAAGACAAGCUUAACCAUUCAACCUCUGUCUAGAGAGUACGAUUGA